AUGAGGAACUCUUCGCCGCCGCCGCCGCCUGCUUCCAUGAAGUCCGCCACUGUGCCGCCGGCGGCGGUGAGCAAGAAGCCUUCUGGUAGUCUCGGAAUCCAUGAGGAACUCCUCGCCGCCGGUUUCCAUGCAAUCGCCCACCGUGCCGCCGCCUCUGCAUUCUGCGGCGGCGCCGGCGCUGAGUUGUGUGGUGAUGAUCAAGAAGAAAUGCAGCAUCAUAUCGGGAUAUAUAGUGAGUAUAGGUUUCACAGGAUAAGGUCGGAUUGGACAGCAUCGAUACCGGCCCCCCAUGUUUCCACAACUCACCAAUUUUUGUCAUCUUCCAAGCACGAGCUUGGAGGGGGCCACUUGAAGCAAGCUAGGAACAUGCACGUUUUAGCAUUAAUUGGCUUUUGCAAUGAAGGUAAGGAGAGGGUGUUGGUUUAUGAGUACAUGCCACGAGGAACUGUUGCAGACCAUCUCCACAAAAUUGGUAGAAUGGGGAAUGGUAAUCCCCCUCUCUCUUGGGAACAACGACUCAAGAUUUCAAUAGGUGCUGCACGGGGAUUGCAUUACCUCCACACCUCCCAGCAUAAGGUUAUACAUCGUGACGUAAAGAGCUCAAACAUUCUGCUGGAUGAGAGUUGGGUGGCAAAGAUUUCAGAUUUUGGUUUGUCCAAAAUGGGGCCUGGAAAUGAGUCAUUUACUCAUGUUAGUACUGGUGUCAAAGGAACAUUUGGCUACUUGGAUCCAGAAUACUUCUUAACUAACAGAUUGACAACGAAAUCAGAUGUGUAUGCCUUUGGUGUAGUGCUGCUUGAAAUGCUCACCGGAAGGCCAGUGUGUGUUGAGAACGACCAAAAUCUAGCCACUUGGACCAUAGACUACAUGAGAAAAGGAAAAGUUGAUGAUAUUGUUGACUACAGUCUGGCGGGGCAAGUGUCUCAAACUUGUUUAUAG